AUGCAUGACCUCAUAAAUGACUUGGCCACAUCUGUUGCUGGAGAUUUUUUUUCAAGGUUAGACAUUGAGAUGAAGAAGGAAAUUAGGAAAGAAGCUUUGGAAAAGUACCUCCAUAUGUCAUUUGUUUGUGAGGAUUACAUGGUUUACAAAAGGUUCAAGGCAUUCAAAAGAGCUAAAAGCUUAAGAACAUUUUUAGGAGUAUCCUUUGAGGUGAAAGAAAAUUGGGAAACAUUUUACUUAUCAAAUAAGAUCCUCACCGACUUACUUCACGAGUUACAGCUGCUAAGGGUCCUAAAUUUGAGUCAUCUUAGCAUAAGCGAGGUUAUUGUGAAGACUCAAUUGCUAUUGGAAUCAGUUGGCUAUCAAUGAAAGAGCUGUGAAACUUCAAAGCCUUGGAGUUGAAUUAUCCAUGAAUACAAGGAAUCAUGCAGAGGUUGCAGGCAAUGAAAAGAGCCCUGCAAGGAGGAAGAGAACUUGGUCAAUUACUAAACUGUGCAUAUAAUAUGGUUUUAAGAAAUUGAAUUAGUUUUAAUGACAUUAGAACAUAGAAUUAGUGAUGACAAAGUUUUAUCUACAUAUAUGUAUAUUGUCAAAAUGU